AUGACGUUCCUUACGCCCCUCAUCAGGAGGGGCGGCUCCUCUUCGAAGAGAGCUUCCCUAAUCACAGCAAGAUCCCCCUUUCUGACGGUCCAAAAUUCGGCUCUCAUACUCAUCAUGCACUACUCGAGGAUCAUGCCUUCGUCAGGCGACCACCGAUACUUCACCUCGACAGCUGUCUUUCUCAACGAGCUUGUCAAGCUCUCUCUUUCUCUUUGCCUGGCGAUCAACGAAACCUCGGAGAGUCUCGCGCCCGACACGCCCCUCACGACCCUUCUCGAGCAAGUAUAUAAUAGUGUUUUCGGAGGCGACGGGUGGAAACUGGCGAUCCCAGCGGCUGGGUAUACAUUGCAGAACCUGCUGCAGUAUGUGGCCAUCAGCAACCUGGAUGCUGUGCAAUUCCAGGUGCUCUACCAACUCAAAAUUCUCACGACGGCCAUCUUCAGCGUGACCCUGCUCCGGAAGCAGCUGGGUACGAAGCGGUGGUUGUCGCUGGUGGUGCUGACGUUGGGCGUGUGUGUGGUCAGCAUGCCAACGAGCAUGACGGGCUCGUUCCUCAGCGACACGAGCGACAGCUUCUUCCCUCGAUCGAUACACGAUAUGGGCACCGCCAGCCCCGAGCUCUACGCGCCCAAGAAUCUGAGGAAGCGAUCGGCUACGUACCAAGGGGUCACUGAGGAUCUCGGCCCCCCUGAACCGACGAUGAACUACUCCGCCGGCGUGAUCGCUGUGCUUGUGGCGGGUGCUGUGUCGGGUGUCACUGGUGUCUAUUUCGAGAAGCUCAUCAAGGAAGGCCCGUCGCAGCCUAGCUUGUGGAUUCGCAAUGUUCAGCUAUCGACAUACUCGGUCAUCAUGGCCUUCUUCAUGGGGAUCGUGUACCAGGAUGGUGCUGGCAUUCGCGAGCACGGGUUCUUCGAGGGAUACAACUGGGUUGUAUGGACGGCCGUCGUGCUGCAGGCCGUGGGUGGCAUGGUGGCGAGCGUGGUGAUUCGCGAUGCAGACAACAUCGUCAAGAACUUUGCCACAAGCAUCAGUAUUGUGCUCAGUUUGCUUGUCAGCGUGUUCCUCUUUGACUUCCGAUUGACAUGGACGUAUGUCAUUGGAACUGGAAUGGUGCUACUUUCGAUGCACCUGUAUAGCACGCCCCAUCGCCCGAUACCAGGCCACCGACCGAAACCCAUUCGAAUUGUCAGUUUGGACAAGCCGGCAGUUACGCCUUUGCAUACACCUCGUCUGGGGGGGCCGUCGCCACACCUCACAGCGACGCAUCUUGACCCUUUUGAUAUGAAGGGUUUGGGCUCGACAUCGAGUCGACCAGAGAGCCCUAUGUUGCCGCGGAUUCCGAGUCGCAGUGAUAUCAAACGAGCCGACUGA